AUGGAAAAUGGUUCCCAGAGCAACCUAAAGCCUGCUCAGUCACAUGCCAACACGAGCUAUUGGCCCGAGUGGAACUGGACAAGCCCGCAGGAAUUCAUCAUCCUGGGUUUCUCAGGGUGGCCCCAGGGCCUCCGGGUGCUCUUGUUUGCCUUCCUUCUCCCUGUCUAUCUGGCCACACUGGCAGGAAACCUGCUCAUCCUGGCCCUGGCCGUCGUGGACCCUGCCCUGCAUACCCCCAUGUACUUCUUCCUGGGUGCACUGUCAGCCGUCGAGGUGGCCUACACCCUGGUGCUGACCCCCCGCAUGCUGGCUGGCUUCCUCCUACCUCCAGGGGGCCAGGCUGUGGCUGCCUCCACUUGUGCUGCCCAGAUGGGCCUCUUCGUGGCCCUGGGGGGCUCCGAGUGCCUGCUGUUAGCAGCCAUGGCCUUGGACCGCUACCUGGCCAUCUGUCGGCCUCUCUACUAUCCUCAGCUCAUGACCUCUGGGCUCUGCUGGUGCCUGCUGGCCUCCUGCUGUGCUGGCGGCUCUGUCCUGGCCUUAGGCCUCACCACUGCCAUAUUCCAGCUGCCUUUCUGCCAAGGCGGACUGGUCAACCACGUCUUCUGUGACCUGCCGGCAGUGCUGGUGCUGGCCUGUGGGAACCGAGACCUGCAGGAAAAUGUGCUCCUGGCCGCCUGCCUGCUGCUGCUGGUGCUGCCUCUGGCCUUGAUCCUGCUAUCCUACACCAGAGUGUUGGUGGUCAUCCUGGGUGUGGGUGGGGCUGCAGGACGCCGCAAGGCCUUCAACACUGUGGCGUCCCAUCUGACGGUUGCCGUGCUCCACUACGGCUGCGCCACGGCCAUGUACGCCCGUCCGCUCCGCAGCCGUUCCCUGGAGGAGGACAAGCUGGUCUCGCUCAUCUACAUCAACCUCACGCCUCUACUCUACCCAGCUAUCUACACGCUGAGGAACCGCGACAUGCAGGGUGCCCUGCAGCGCAUGGUCUGCCCGAGGGCACCAGGCAGCACCCAGCAAGCUGAGCUCACCUGA